GUUGCUCCUUCGUUUCCAGUGGAACUAGUUGGGCUGCCUAUCAGCAAUAAUGGCGCCCUGGUCGGCGCCCCUGUCGCGUCUCCUGACGCAGGGGAAGGCCAGCCUGCUCUGUCGUCACGUCUUGAAAGCGAGCCACCGUUUCGACUGGGUGUCCCGCGGGCGGAGUGAGCUGCUUUUCCGUCAGCGUAUGUGUGCUCGGAGCCACGGAGCGUCGUCGGUGUGCAGCAGCAGCAGCAGCAGCAGCAGCUCGGCAGAGACCUUGUGGUCUCUUUACAACCACACCAAAAAACACACUCAAGAUGUCAUGCCGUCCAUCUCCAGCGCCUCCGUGGACCCCGACAGCAUCUUCGCCAACAACGAGAUGAGCCUGCGGGACACGGAGGUGUACGGCUUCGACUACGACUACACGCUGGCCUUCUACUCCCGUCAGCUCCACACGCUCAUCUUCAACAUAGCUCGGGACAUCCUCAUCAGCAAGCAAAGGUAUCCAGAGGGUCUGCGAGAUUAUGAGUAUAUUCCCAAUUUUGCCGUAAGGGGCCUUCACUAUGAUGUUCAGAAGGCGCUGCUGAUGAAGAUCGACGCCUUCCACUACAUCCAGCUGGGGACUGUUUACAGGGGUCUUGAUCCAGUCCCGGACGAGGAAGUCAUCGCCAUGUACGACAGCUGCCACGUCCCUCUCGAGAUUAUGAGCGAUUUCUACGGCAAGAGUUCUCACAGUCACUCCAUGAAACAGUUCAUGGACAUCUUCUCGCUGCCAGAGAUGAACCUCUUGUCGUGCGUCAACGACUUCUUCAUGAAGCACAAUAUCGACUACGAGCCGGUGCACUUGUACAAAGACGUCAAGGAAGCCAUCAGAGACGUUCACGUCAAGGGCAUUAUGUACCGAGCGGUGGAGGCAGAUAUUGGGAAAUACAUUUGCUACGGUGAGCAGAGCCACGCGGUGUUGAAGAAGUUGUCCGAGCACGGGAAGAAAAUGUUCCUUAUCACAAACAGCCCCUUUGAUUUCGUGGAUCGAGGCAUGAACUACAUCGUCGGGACGGACUGGAGGGACCUGUUUGAUGUAGUUAUAGUUCAGGCUGAAAAACCCGGUUUCUUCAACGACAAGAGAAAGCCUUUCAGGCGCGUCACCGACAAAGGUGCUCUACUGUGGGACAGAAUUCACAAGUUGGACAAAGGGCAGAUCUACAAACAGGGAAAUCUGUAUGAGUUCCUGAGACUGACUGGCUGGAGAGGAUCCAAAGUGCUCUACUUUGGCGAUCACAUCUACAGCGACUUGGCAGAUUUGACCCUGAAGCACGGCUGGAGGACAGGAGCCAUCAUCCCUGAGCUGAGGAAGGAAAUCAAGAUCAUGAACACGGAGGAGUACGUGCACACGAUGAGCUGGAUGCAGGCACUGACGGGCCUGAUUGAGCAGAUGCAGGUGCACAGAGAUCCCGCCUCUCAGGCUGUGGUGGAGGAGUGGCUACGAGAGCGAGAAGCUAUGAGGCCGCACACCAAGCAGAUGUUCAACCCUCAGUUCGGGAGUCUGUUCCGCACGUACCACAACCCCACGUACUUCUCGCGCCGACUCUCGCGCUUCGCCGACGUCUACAUGGCGUCCGUCAGCUGCCUGCUCAACUACGACUUCCAGCACACCUUCUUCCCGCGGCGUACCCCGCUGCAGCACGAAUCCCCCUUCGGGCAAGGGCAGACUCCCGUCGGAUCGGAGCGCAGACCCAGGGAGAGUGAGUCCCUGUUCAAGUGAGGCUGAAGUCGGUUCUGAGCUGCUGCUUUCAUUUGUAACAAAACAAAUCGUUCAAGUUCAGUUCUGUCCAUUAAGCUUGAAACGCGUCAGCCAUCUUUUUGCGUUCAGAUGGCUGGCUGGGGGUGGGCAGAGUAUGGCCCGCGGGGGGCCCCUACAUCCUGCGCUCUUUGUGAAUCCGGCCCACCAAUCAUUUACAUUUAUUAAUUAAAAAGAAGAAGAAAUACAUUUCAAUAACCAUUUUUUUUUGGGGGGGUGGGGGGAACGUCCAUUUAGUGCAACAAAUAUGACAGACUCUUGAUCUUCAAAUUAAAAAUAAAAAUGAAGAAAUAUUUUUACAUUAUAUUUACAAAUUUUACAUUUAUUUACAAAAAAUAAAACGAGAAUUGAUUGUAUUAAAUAUAUUUGUUUAAUAAAUGCAAUAAUACUCCCUUAAAAUUUGUUGCAUUCAAUUAACAUUUCCCCCUGCCCCCACCAAAUAUAUUGUGUUAAUAUUUUUAUUCAUCUUUGAUUUGAUUAAUCCCAUCAUAUAAUUAGUUAAUUUAUAUACUGUAAAUCAGGAGUGUCAAACUGGUUUAUGUCGCGGACCACAUUGUUUUUGUGAAACCAUAGAAAUGUUUCAUGGCCUCAUCUUAGUAUUCACUGGCGGCUUGUCAAUAGCGGGCGCGAGGGUGCCGCCCCAGCACUGCCGACCGAGUCACCUCUAAAAGGACAAAAAUGAAAUCCUGAAAAUAAAAUAUUAUAAUGAAAAUAUUAUGAAUGAUAUAUGUUUUUUUUAGACGAGGAGUAGGAAAAAUUGUAUACAGUUCAGAUAUUUCUGAGGCAGGGCGUUGGAUUUCAGCGCCCUUUAAUGUUAAACAUGGUUACUGUUUAACCUCCCCCCCCCCCCCCCCCAUCAAGUUACUGUAAUAAUGGGUUUGGUAAUGGGGGAAAAAAAAUGCUUGCACUAUCUCAACAUUUUAUUAUUAUUAUUUUUUUAAACAUGACAAUUUGACACGGUACAAAUUUUGGCAAGAAUCAUGGCAGUUGAUUCAAAUGAUGCUUUUGCGGGCCACAUUAAAUGGUGUGAGGGGUCGGAUUUGGCCCCCGGGCCUUGAGUUUAACACCCGUGCAGUAAAUAAUGAAAUUGAAAAGCAUACAUAUACAUUUAGCAGGUUUAUUAUUAUUUGAUUGAAUGUUGGUCUUAUAUUAUUAGAUAUUGCUUUAUGAAUUCCAAUGAUCUCAAAUUAAAUAUUUGAAAUGAUGUCAUUAUUAAAACAAGGCAUUUUGCAUACACAUUUUGGCUUUAUUUUUCCCCCCCCCCACCUCCAUCUGCGAAUGACUCGGCCCACCCCCAUUCCCGUCUUAAAAUCUCCAAUGUGGCGCUCGAGCACAAAAGUUUGCCCACCCCGCGUAAACGCGUGCUUUUAUGUGUGAGCUUCUAAAACCAGUUUUAUUUAGAAAUAAAAGCUGCAAUCGCAGUCUUAACAAUAGGAUGUGUAAACCGAUACCUCCUAGUGGUAGAGGUACUUUUCUUUUCUUUUCUUUUUUUCUUCGACUCUUACGUCGCUGCUGUAAUAUUCACACGCACCAUUUUACAUUACAGGCCGCCUUAAUGAUCAUGUAAUAGCUUUAUGAGGCAUCGUGGGUGUUAAUCGUGCUUUUCAUGAUAAUUGGAUUCGAAACUGGCGCACAUGAUUGUACUGUACGGAGUUACCGACCACUUUCCUCCCAUUUCAGCCUGUAUUUUGCGUGUGUUGUUUUGCUCUAUUCAAACUGCCGCUAUUAGGUCCUGCGAAGGCAGCACGGAGGUUUGUCUGUUUUCUUUUGCAGAAAGUACAUGUUAAGAUGUCACAAAUAUGCUUGAAUUUUUCCAUUAUCUGUUGGAGGACAAAAAAAAAAAGGACUUGGAAGAACUCUUAUGUUAUUUAUCUUGUAGUAGAUUUCAGUUUUUAGCUGUUAUUUCAAUUAUUAGAAUAUUUAAAGAGGACAUUUUGAGGAAAACUGACAUUUUAAUUGUUUGUAUACAAAUAGUUAUAUCUCUGGAGAGGCUGUCCACCCAUCACGUGUGAAAAUAAACUUGUUGAGUAAUGUA